GAAGGAGCAGUAUAAAUACAAGCAGUGAGAGAAUGUUGUAUUAGUGGACAUUGACUUCUUUCCAGUUUGGUUUUGUUAAGAAGCAAGAAGCCUGUUGAUUAAAGGAUUCCCCCUUGUUUCCUAACGGACAAAUUUAUAAAUUCUGCUGGAUCAGCAAAACUAUUUUUUUGAUUUGCUUUAGUACUUGUAAUAGUCAUCUCAUGUGCUCCAUAAUACCAGGAAAAAACAUGGAGAGAGUCAAUUGUGAGCAUAUACUUUAUAAAAAAUUACUCUGUAUUUUAUGUAGUUUUCUUAUUCAUACUUGUCAGUCAAUGGACAUGAAAGCACCAACAAAUGGACCUGCCAAUUUUAUGGCCAUAUGGAAUGCCCCAACAGAACUAUGCAUGAGAAAGUUCAAAGUUAACAUAGAUAUCAGUCUAUUCCAGAUUACUGGUUCCCCAGAAUCAUCCACCAUAGCUCAGAACAUUACAAUCUUUUACACUGACAGAUUAGGUUAUUAUCCUUCAAUAAAUGAAACAAAUGGCAAGAUAACCAAUGGAGGCAUUCCUCAACUUACGAAUAUGGAUUUCCAUUUAAAAAAAGUUAAGGAAGAUAUUGAAUAUUAUUUACCAUAUUCAAAACAAAAUGGCCUGGCUGUAAUUGAUUGGGAAGACUGGCGACCCAUAUGGAUAAGAAACUGGGCUUCUAAGGCUGUAUACAAGAUGAACUCUAUCGAGUUUGCCCGACAGAUGGAUAUAACUAUGACCCACAAAAAGGCAGCACUUAUUGCUGAAGCUCAGUUUGAAUCGGCAGCACAAAAUUUUAUGUUACAAACUUUAAGAUUAGGCAAAGCGAUGAGACCGAAUUAUUUAUGGGGGUUUUACUUAUUUCCAAACUGCUAUAAUUAUCAUUAUAAAUCAAAUCCUAAACAGUAUAAAGGACAUUGCCCAGAAGUGGAAAUACAGCGAAACAAUAAGCUACAUUGGCUUUGGAAGGAAAGCACAGCUUUAUUCCCAAACGUCUAUCUAGAAGUGGCUCUAAAGUCAUCAAAUAAUGCUGUAAUGUUUGCUCGACACCGGAUCCAGGAAGCCCGUAGACUGUCUUCUUUGUCAAAGUUUACAUUACCUAUAUAUGUGUAUACCCGUCCAGUAUUUACAGAUCAACCUGAUAAAUUUCUCUCAGAGGUUGAUCUGGCAAAUGUCAUUGGUGAAAUAGCUGCACUUGGUGCUGAUGGAUUUGUAAUGUGGGGAGAGAUUAAAAACAUGACUCAGAGUAAGAAAACAUGCACUGAUUUAAACAGCUAUCUUGUCAAGAUUCUGAAUCCCUACAUCAUCAAUGUUACACUUGCAGCAAAGCUUUGCAGUCACGUUCUGUGUCAGGACAAUGGAUUAUGCACACGCAAAAACUGGAACACCAAUACUUAUCUUCAUUUAAAUUCAAACACCUUAGCUAUUGAACAGAAGAAUGGGAAAUAUACAAUUAAAGGACAUGCCACACAUGAAGAUCUAACUUAUUUUUCCAAACAUUUUCAGUGCCAUUGCAAUGCAGGACGAAAGUGCAAAGAAACUUUUAAUCUGAAAAACAUUGGACUGGUGAAUGUCUGCCUCCCAAAUAGCAAUAUUUGUGUAAAAGCUAGAUUUGAUGCACAUUCCUCCAAAGUUCCAGAAAUUAGUAAGAUAACCCCCAGUCCAACAAAAACUGCACCUAGGAUUUUACAAAGCAUUACAAUAGGCAGGGCAAAGGUAACAAAGAAUAAGAAACAAACACAUAGGCAUCAAGUAGAUCUUAGUGUAAAUAUUUAAGAGUCAUUUGUAUGAUUUUAAACAUUUUAGAGUUAUAAUGGUGGAACACUCUGCAUUACUGCUGUUCUUUUUGUUCUUGCCAAAUUUAUACAUUUUGUUGUUGUACAUUUUCUUUUCAUUGGUAGUUAUAAACACAAUGAAAUUUUUUUUAAAUAAACAUUAUACUGAA